UUACCAUGGAGCAGCGGGACGGGGGGUUUGCAGGAGGAAGUGACAGCACGCAACUCCAACAAGUCCUUCUGACAUUUGUACGAUGAAGCGGUGAAAGUGAAGCGCUUUGAAACGCGGCGACAAUGAUCCGGACACUAAGCGGUUUGUCCUUCAGGGCUUCCGGGGCCGCGAAGCCCACAAAGGACUUUACAACCAGACGGCUGCACAGCACCUACGAUGUGGCCGUGGUGGGGGGCGGCAUCGUCGGCCUGGCGACAGUCAGAGAGCUAAUUCUGCGACACCCGUCACUCAGCUUCGUUCUGCUGGAGAAGGAAAAAGAGCUCGCUGCGCACCAGAGUGGGCACAACAGUGGAGUCAUUCACAGCGGCAUCUACUACACGCCGGGGUCACUGAAGGCCCGCCUGUGUGUUCGAGGAGCCACUUUAGCCUACGAGUACUGCGAGAAGAAAGGACUCCCUUACAAGAAAUGUGGAAAGCUCAUCGUGGCUUUGGAGCAUGAGGAGAUACCCAGACUGCAAGCUCUAUACGAGCGCGGCAUGAAAAACAACGUGCGGGACCUCAGUAUUAUCGACGCCAAGGGAAUCCGAGAACGAGAGCCAUUCUGCAGGGGUUUAAUGGCCUUGGACUCGCCCUACACCGGCAUCGUGGACUGGAGGAAGGUGGCUCUCAGGUACGGGCAAGACUUUGAGGAGGCAGGCGGCACGGUGGUUACUGAUGCUGAGGUCAACGACAUUACCGCGGUUACCGAGAGCCCGGCUGGGAGUUCCGACGGAAUGAAAUAUCCAAUUGCAGUUCGAGACAAAAAGGGCAAUGAGGUCCGAUGCCGUUACGUCCUGACAUGUGGCGGCCUGUAUUCAGACCGUCUGUCCCAGAUAUCGGGAUGCAGUUCGGAGCCUCGGAUCGUCCCCUUCAGAGGAGAUUAUUUAGUGUUGAAGCCGGAGAAGCACUAUCUGGUCAAGGGGAAUAUCUAUCCUGUCCCCGACCCUCGUUUCCCCUUCCUCGGAGUUCACUUCACCCCGAGGAUGGAUGGAAGUGUUUGGCUUGGCCCGAACGCAGUCCUCGCCUUCAAGAGGGAGGGUUACAAGGUGUACGACUUCAAUGUUCAAGACUUUGCAGAUGCACUCUCAUACAGGGGCCUUCAGAAGCUGGUAAUGAAGAACAUAACCUACGGGAUUGGAGAAAUGUAUAGAGGGAUUUUCAUUGGUGCACAGGUUAAAAUCCUGCAGAAGUACAUCCCCGAACUCUCACUGAGCGACGUGCUCAGGGGUCCUGCAGGAGUUCGAGCUCAGGCUCUGGACCGUGACGGAAAGCUCGUGGACGACUUUGUGUUCGACGGCGGCGUGGGGGACGUGGGAAGUCGUGUGCUCCACGUGCGUAACGCUCCCUCGCCAGCGGCCACCUCCUCGCUCGCCAUCGCUGAAAUGGUCGCAGACGAGGUGGAGAGUCGCUUCGUGCUGUAGAGCAGGACAUGGCAACGCAGGAAGCAAAAGAGUAACUCCUAAUAUUGCAGCUCAAGGUUGCCAGGUGAAUGUGCUGUUGAAAACUCUUACCUCCUCAGCAUCACUGUCAUCAUGGGGGCCCAUGAUGACAGUGAUGCUUUUCAUUUCAGGUCAAGCCUUAAAUUAGGGGGAAGAAAGCAACAUGUCUUUGGCUUUAAUUCAUUUUACAGUUUUUUUACUUAUUUUUAAAAUGUAAUAAAAUAUAUAUUUUUUUCUGCACUACAUCAGUGUUUAAAAAACUUAUGGGGAAAAAAGGUUAAUCUACCAUUAUAUUUUGGACACUGGUUGUAAUUUAAGCAUACACCUUUUUAAAGAUUUGACUGUUAUAUAUAUAUAUAUAAUAAUGGAUUUUCUAGUCUUCCGACCACUCAGAGCGCUUUAACACCACAUGUCAUCAUUCACCCAUUCAUACAAUUUUUUAAGACUGAUGAAAGGACACAAUCAGGAUUCAAUUCUUACCAGCAAGGAGCAAUUUGCGGGUUAAGUGCCAUGUCCAUUUAUACUUAUGGAAUCUGUGUCUUUUUUUCAACCAUAUGAGAGAAAUUUGUCAAUUUUGUUUGAAUAUUGUAAAGCCCGAUUUCUUUUGAAUGUGCCACCAUUUUCUUUGAGAAAUAAAUCCACAAAAUGUAUGUGACCCGAUGAAAGAGAAUUGAUCUGAGAAGGCCGGGUGUUUAUUUUAUUUUAUUUUAUUUUAUACAACCUUUUUGAAACUCAAAGUAUGUAGUUUGAGGAUUUUUUUUUUUUUUUUUUUAACUUUGGACAGAUUUUUCUGACAAAUAUUUUGGGAAUUAAAGAAAUAUAAUCAACAGCUGAUGUGUCUGUCUUGUCCCACACAAAUGGAAGUAAACGAAACACUGAUGUUUA